CAUUUCCAAGUGUUGAGCGUGAAUACUAUAUCAAACCACCUCUCCAUCAUUAUGCAUACAACUAUAUAUUAUACUAAAUACUAAGUAUAUUUUAUAACACAGACAUCAAAACCACAAACUGGGUGACAACAAACAUGGUCAACUGGCUAACAAGUCCAUGUAGUGGAGAAGGUUACCUACCACAUUGCCUUCAUUCAAAGUAACCAAAAUAUCAUAUAACAGAUAAUCCUCCAAAAUAACAAGGGGAAACAAACAGAGAGAGGGAGAGAGAGAUGAAACAGUUGGCUUUCAUCUAUUUCACCGCCGUCUUCUUGAAUUCGUUUUUGCUGGUGCUGUCACAAAAUGCAGAACCCUGCAACAGCGUUGUCGACUACAAUGAAGCUGUCAACUUUGAUACCACUGCCAUGUUCUGCCAGACUGUCUGGAAGUCCAAUACAGACCUCGUUCUUCGGUAUGUACAAGCAGGACCACAGUUGUGGAGCUUCCUGCUGUCAGCAUCAAACACAAACUCAUGGCUUGGGAUUGGUUUCUCAACCAAUGGGCAGAUGGUCGGGUCCAGUGCGAUGGUAGGCUGGAUGUACCAAAAUGGAACAGGCGUUGUCAAGCAGUACGACUUGCAGGGAAAAGAACCUGAUAAGGUGCUGCCUGAUGCAGGUGACCUCACUGUGGUGGAUAACUCAUCAACAGUGUUUAUCGAUGCAAAUCGCAUACACCUGGCUUUCCAGAUUAAUACAGUUGAGCCACAAAAAGAACUGCUCUAUGCUGUGGGGCCCUAUGGCCAGCUGCCAGUAGACAGUGGCGGGCUAAAGUUGUUGGAGCACCGAGAUAUGGGUCAAGCCUCACUAGACUAUACUACAGGGAAAAGUCAGGCAAAGAGCAGCCCGUACACUGGAAUAAAAAGGACCCAUGGUGCUCUAAACAUGAUAGGAUGGGGAAUUUUGAUGCCAAUUGGAGCAAUAGUUGCAAGGUACUUCAGGCAAUGGGAUCCAAUCUGGUUUUACUCUCACAUUGCAAUCCAGAUUUUCAGUUUCCUAUUUGGACUAGUCGGCUUCAUCUUAGGAUUUGUGGUGAAGGAUUUUAUAAAAGCAGAAGUAACACACCACAAGAACAUCGGUAUUCUUAUUCUCAUACUUGCCUGCUUUCAGGUAAUGGCUCUGUUGAUUAGACCAAAGAAAGGUACAAAACCACGGAAAUACUGGAAUUGGUACCAUCAUAAUGCAGGAAGAAUCUUGGUUAUCUUAGCUAUCUCAAACAUAUUUUAUGGUAUUCGUUUGGGUAUGGAGGGCUCCAGUUGGUAUGGUACCUAUGCAGUGAUUCUUGCACUUAUGGUUCUUGUGGCUAUUGUCCUAGAAAUCAGAUUAUGGAGACAAAGAUAAUGAUGUAUGGCUUGGAACUAGAAGCUGCAGGACAAAUUCUAGAUAUACUUAUUUUUGACGAGUGUGAUAAGAUAGGAAGUUUUAUUAAAGUAUUUGUUUAACAAUAGAUCAAAAUUCACCAUUAAUUUCUUUCAUUAAUGUAUUGUAUGCUUUUCACAUA